UUCAUUUAUGAAAAAAGAAAAACUUGACAGUAAGAUAAUAGUAGACUGUCUUAACACUGCAAUGGAUUCCUCCGUGGAAAACAAUACAUAUAUAAACAAAAUGUGGGUUCAAUGUGAAAGUUGUUUGAAAUGGAGGUUGUUGUCAAGUGAGGAUGCAGCCAGAGUUGAUCACAAUGAAUCAUGGUAUUGCUACAUGAACACGGAUUCAAAAUAUAAUAAGUGCUCUAUUUCUGAAGAAGAUUUUCCUGAAGAGUCUCAGUUUCAUCGAAGUGGAUUUAAGAUUGUCUAUUCACAGCUACCUGUUGGUAGCCUGGUUUUGGUAACAUUGAAGAAUUGGCCAAGUUGGCCAGGGAUACUUUGCCCUGAUCCUUUUAAAGGUAAAUAUGUGACCUAUGACCUGGAUGGAAAUGUUGAACAGUAUCACAUAGAAUUCCUGGGUGAUCCCCAUUCAAAAUCAUGGAUAAAUGCAACAUUUGUUGGACAUUAUAGUAUCACAUUAAAGCCAGGAAAAUGUGAAAAUAAGAAGAAGAAGUGGUAUAUAAGUGCGCUACAAGAAGCAUACCAUCUUUAUGGAUAUUCUCCUGAGCAAAGAUUGGAAAUGUGCUGCCUAUCAAAACAGGAUAAAUCCAAAGCAGAUGACAAAAUUGCUGUCAUGGCCAACAAAAAGUUGCCAGUUUCCAAAAAUAAUACUGAAACGAAAAAGCCCAAAUUCAGAAAAAGGAAGAGGAAAGCUAUUUUAAAAUGCUGUUUUGAAAAUGUUUGUUCAGAUGAUGCCUUAUCAAAGGAAAAUAUGGUUGUCUCUGAGACAGAAGUUUUACUAAAAGAACUGGAGCAAAUGCUACAGCAAGCUCUAGAACCCACAGCAACACCCGAUGAGCCCGAAGAAGAACGUGGAGAGGAAAUAAAUACAGGAGAAAAGUUGCCUCAGUGGGGCCCUGACGCUCCUGCAAGCAGUCCAUUUGAAAACCAUUGUGAAGAGGACUAUGUUAUAAUUGACGGGAUAAAAUUAAAAGCUGGGGAAUGUAUUGAAAAUAUAACUAACAAGUUUAAAGAAAUCGAUGCUUUGAUAUCUGAAUUAUAGGGCCUUAUCAAUAUUUUCAAAAGGUAAUUAUAAAAACAAACUCAAAAACUUAAAAUGUUUAGUGAAAUAGGUAUGUAUUAUACCAAAGUUGAUAUUUGUAAUAACUUUCUACUUUAUAUUUUGAGGCUAUACAUUGUUUUGAGAUCCAAUCAAAUGAUAUUAAAGUUAAAGUUACAAUUUUAGAAUUUAAGAAACCCUAAUGUUUGUAGUUUGUUUUUCUUGUUUGCCCUAAGUUUAAAAUGGGUUAUGAAACUUACUGCAAAAAUACAUGCUUUACAAUGGUUAUUUAAGUCCUUUAUUCAAAUGUGGAUGUUAAGGUGGCUGACAAGUUAUUAUAUUUC